AGGCCCGAGCAGUGGGUGAAGCCCAUGGCCGUCGCCGGUGCAAACCAAUACACCUUCCACCUGGAAGCCACGGACAAUCCCGGGGCGUUGAUCAAGGACAUCCGGGAGAACGGGAUGAAGGUCGGCUUGGCGAUCAAGCCGGGCACUACGGUUGAACACUUGGCACCUUGGGCCAAUCAGAUAGACAUGGCUUUGGUGAUGACGGUAGAGCCGGGAUUCGGAGGGCAGAAGUUUAUGGAAGACAUGAUGCCAAAGGUUCAGUGGCUGCGGACGCAGUUUCCCUCGCUGGAUAUCGAAGUGGAUGGAGGAGUUGGGCCUGACACCAUCCAUAAGUGUGCAGAGGCAGGUGCAAAUAUGAUCGUAUCCGGCAGCGCGAUCAUGAAGAGCGCGGAUCCCAGAUCUGUGAUCAAUCUUCUAAGGAACGUGUGUUCGGAAGCAGCUCAGAAGCGCUGUCUGGAUCGAUGAGACCCACCCAAGGGCUGUUCACGACGGCUCUGCGCCUGCAGGAGAAGCCUCGUUUCUCGUGCGUAAGGGAGGGCUGGAUGAACGAUACUUGUGGAAACUUGCUGCUGAACAGAGGAAUCAUUCCUUCGCUGCAAUGAAGCAAGCGGCAGUGAAAAACGUUCUGGCUGUCUUUCAGGGUUGGAAAUGCAAUGGUUUGAACCCGGCUCUUGAUUCUCUGGAGGCUAAUUUUACGGCACAACCCGUAACGCGGGCUGGAUUGAACUCAACCUCAGUCAGGUUUUGCUUGCUAGAAGGGUAGCAUCACCCCCUGCAAUCCCCUGUGGAAGACUCUAAUCAGCUGCCUUCUGCUGUCUGUAUUUUGUCAUUUGAUCUGUGCAUUCCUACAAAACUUGUCCAAUAUCUGCAUUAAACACCC